AUGUUCAAACAUACCAUUUUGUGUGGAUUUGUCCUCAUCUUGAUUCUCUCCUGUUUUGCAAAUGCUCAAACAUGCAACAACACUGCAAUUCCUUUCCAAGCUACUGCUUGUACUGGUUGUAAGACAUGUACUGGUGUUGGUUCAGGUGUUUCUUGUUGUGACGCUACAAUGGAUGCAUUAAUUACUUCUCAAAUCGCCGUUAGCAAUGUUUUAGGAGGUCUUUCCCCAGAAUGUACUGCAAAAAUUACCAAAAAAAGUUGUGCCAUUUGUGAUCCAAAGAAUCAAGGUUAUGUUACAUAUUCUCAAGGCCAAUAUGAAGUUUCAGUCUGUAAAUCUGCUUGUUUGGAGAUGAAAGCUGUUUGUCCAACUUUAGCAAACUUACUUGAUUGUACUGCCUAUCCUGAAACCAAUUGUUGGAGUGCUGCUAAUUCAUUGAAUCAAGGAGCUGCAAUUUUGUUCAUUCUAUCUAUCCUUGUUGCCUUGUUCUUCUAA